UUAAAAAAUUAAACACUUUUUUCACAGCUGACGAUAAUGAAAUCAAAUGAUAAUUGUGGAGAAGAGCAGGCUACCUCCGCGAGUGAGCGUACCGCCGUUGGAUCACCACAAGGAUGCUCGUAUAAUUCCAAGAUUCCGCAGCCGGCGGUCUCUGGGGUGACGUCAGCCCUAGGGUGGUAACCGGUGAGUCUAUUUCCGUGCGGUGACGACAUCACGUUAUCCGGGAAGCACAAUCCCUGUGCUGGUGUCUUGCGGCAGGAUCUCUGCCCACGUCAUCGAUCCGCGUCGUGUUCCAUCCGUGAACGGUCGAGAUCGUCGUUUCAGCCUCUUGCAGGUGUUCUUCGAAAAUUCACACUCUGUCUCUCUCUUCCUCUUCCUCCUCUCAAUCAACGCGAUUCUUCUCCCCUCAAUUUUCCGAGAUUAAUUUUGUGUUUGUGUGUUUUUCGGGUGGAAUUUUCUGCUCGGAGAAGAUGAAGGCAGUAGGUGUGGCGGCGGCGGAGGAGGAGAGGGAGAUGGAAGCGGGGAAGAAGCGGCUGAAGGAGGGGGAGAUUAAGUCGGUGAACGGAAAAGCCGAGGUAUACGACGUCGAUGAAGACGGGGAGGAACCGGAGGAUGUCGUGGAGCUGGAUGAUGACGACGAUGACGACGGCAACGUUGAAGGAGACGAUGACGACGAUGACGACGACGAUGAGGAAGAUGGUGGCGACGACGAAGACGACGACGAUGUGGAGGAUGUGACCCCCCAUGGGUUUCAGCCCCAAGCGCAGGCGGUGGAUGAGGACGACGAUGAUGAAGAGGAAGAAGAGGAAGGUGCAGAAGGCGGCGGCGAUGGCGACGAUGACGACGACGAAAGCGACGAUGACGACGGCGAGGGCGAGGAAGAAGAGGAAGAGUUAGGGACUGAAUAUCUCGUGCAGCCGGUGGGUCGCCCCGAAGAUGAGGAGGAUGCGAGUGACUUCGUGCCUGUGGAUGAAACAGACGAGGAUGAAGACAUUGAUGCCCCAGGUGGCUUUGGCGGCAGUGGUUCUGUGAAGGAUGGGACGUCCUCGAAGAGGAAGAGAUCCGCAAAGGAUGAUUCAGAUGAUGGGGACGAGGAUGAAGACGAUGAUGGUGAGGAGAGGCCGCCAAAGCGAUAGCCCACUGUUGACCUACUCUCUAUCAUUUGACAUCGAUUUGAGCUCUUAGGAAACCCAGUGGCAAGCUAUCUGAUAGCCUGGUAAAAGAUGAGAUUUGAUGAGCUUCCAUUGUUUAAGAAGUGUGGAUUUGUUAGGAACUAAGAACAAUAAACUUGCUUUCGUUGUU